CAUCCGGAUUUUUGGACUUUUACUGUAUAUAAUUCUUCUGUUUAUGAAACAGGGGCCAUUACAAACUUGCUGUGGUGGUAACUCAAUUUCGGGUGCAGUGGCGCUUGUACCCUUACUAUGGUGGUGACCUCAGUUGUUGACAACCAGACUAAUGUCUGAUUCAUGUUUUUUUUAUUGUUAAUGUAAUAGUCUUUUAAUAAUGUUGUUAUACAUUUAAAGACCUUAGUGUUAUCUUCCCCUCCCCCAUAUAUUCACUUUUUUCGGACUCAAAUUUUUCAGAUUGGGGUCUGCCCCAAUAAGUCCGAUUUAUCGAGGUUCUACUGUAAUUUGUUUACAGUACCUGUAUUUGGGUUAUCAAGUGUUACAAUUUAUUAUUAUCCUCAAAUAAAAGUAUGUUAUUCUAAAUAAUUUAAUUUCAGCUACGUGGCCUUGUACUCAUACCGAGGACGGAAGGCUGACGAGUUAGAGUUAAGGAAAGGUUACAUUUACACUGUGACAGAGAAGUGCCAGGAUGGCUGGUACAAGGGGCGCUGUAUUACUACUGACAGAACUGGUGUCUUCCCAGGCAAUUAUGUUCAAGUUGCCAAACCUCAGAUGAUUGCUGCAUAUUUGGCAAAGCGUAAUGCAAGAGGAUCAUCAAAUGUAAAUCUAGAAAACAACAGUGGAGGAGGAUCUUAUGGAGAAGCCAACAAUGAAGGAAAUUCGUCCUUAAUACCAGGUGCUGUGAGCUACACACGUCCCAGAUCAAGCCUUAGUUGUGGAUCAAAUGGGAAAAAAUCUGAUGGGUCUUGUGGUGAGAAUACAAGUCUCCUGGACACACCAGUCCAUUCUAUGGUUCCUACUCUCUCCCCAACUCACUCAUCGCCUCAUGCUGGGUCUCUCUCCCCUGGGGCGGCUGGUGGUCAAGGAAGUAGUAGUCCCCCUUCAUCGCUGCCACCAGAGUUGCCUCCGAGAUCUGUUAGUUCAUCCUUUGAGGGUUCAGCUCAACGUUCAGCUGGCCACACAUCAGCAUCUUGGCAUUCUUCCGCUCCAACUCCACAGGGGUUUUCAUUAAAUCAUAGAUCUGUAAGUGGAAUAAGCAAUGCUGUGUCACCCCCUCCAAAUGUUGCUCUUGGUGAGAGUAGUUGUGUUGCUAUGGGAAGCUCCUCAUCUUCAAAGUCUGACAAGAGAAGCACAAAAGAACGAUGUGGUGGUGGAGGUGGUGGGAUGAGCCUCAUGCGCAAAUUUGCUGGUAGCAGUAAAAAGAAAAGUAAAUCUCCACCUCCAUCAUACUCAAUGGACAAUCCCGUGUUUGAAGAUUCUACAGUGUCAACUAGUGUGCAACUUUUUCAUACCAGUCCACAUAAGCGUCGGUUAUCUAGGUAUACCUUGAACCUCUAUUCAAGAUUCCUGCCUCGAGAUUCCGAAGUUCUUUUGCCGACCAACACCACUGCCAACUUCAAUAUAUACAGUAUAUAAUAUAUUAUCUCAAUAAGCAUGAUUUCGAAUAUACUUUCUUCAGUACCUCAAGUUUUGGCGAUGUUGUGUUUGAUCAACUAUCAUAGCACUAUAGACAAAACAUUGGAGUAAAUUUUAUUAAUGACAUUCUCACUCUUGCUGACACCACCACUUCUCUUACCGCACAGUUAUUACUGGUUAAGGUUAGUUUAUUUAUGACAUUUUUACCGUAAAUGUUAAUUUGUUUAGGUUUUCUUUAAUAUUGUAAACAUAAAUCCAAGGAGUAAUUGAAGUAAAACUAGAAGUUUGUGGGUUACAGGUUUGCAUUCAUGCCUGUUAUGAUGCCUGGAGCCAAUGGUAGUCAGGCUAGCUGAUCCACAGAUUUAAGUUGCAUUUAUCAGUGGUAUUGCAUCACACACUGGAGCUUAUGCAUUUCAUUGCAGUCUUGGUUCUAGUUGUGAAUUUAAUAUACUGUAAAAUAUUAGUGGUAAGAAUUAUGAACAGCUCACAAUAGCAAACCUCAUGGCUGAAGAGAUGUGUAAUAUAGCAGAAUGACAGACUUGAACAUUGAUGACAGCCAGAUCUGUGUACAAUACCUCUUAUUAUUUUGUUUAAUUUUUAUUUAAUAAAGCUAAAAGAAAAAGCCUAAAAA